AGCGAGCGGGGCCAGCUCUGCAGAAGGCGGCAGCUGGCUCGCUGGAACGGUCACAUUCGGCUGCAGGCGCCGACGGAGACAGCCGCACAGCCUCCCGCACCAGGGACCCAGGCCAGCCGCCAGGCCGCGCCGGCACCGCCCUUUGCUCACCGAGAGACUACGCCGCCGGUGCGAGCUCUGGGGGCCCCGCAGCCCCUCAACCCGCGCCCGCUACGCCUCCGCUCUCUGCCCGCAUCUCGGCCCCUUGCUACCCGCCUCGACGGGCCCGCGCCGGAAUGGGGUAGGGGCAGCACCACCAACUCGGGCGAUGGGUCGCCCACUGGGCACCGAGCAGCCCCCCGAGGCCUGACCGACCGCGAGGACCGGCGGAGGAGCCCCGCCUGGAUGUCAGGCGGAUGCCCCAGUGCCUCCUAGCGGACUCAGUGGAGACCAUGGCUUCGCUGAUGCCCCUCUCCCCUUAUCUAAGCCCCACGGUCAUCCUGCUGGUCAGUUGUGACCUGGGCUUUGUGCGAGCAGACAGGCCUCCAUCUCCUGUGAAUGUGACAGUCACUCACCUCAGAGCCAACUCGGCCACUGUGUCCUGGGACGUCCCAGAAGGCAACAUCGUCAUUGGCUACUCCAUUUCCCAGCAACGACAGAAUGGCCCUGGACAGCGUGUUAUCCGGGAGGUGAACACCACCACUCGAGCCUGUGCCCUCUGGGGCCUGGCUGAAGACAGUGACUACACAGUGCAGGUCAGGAGCAUCGGCCUCCGGGGGGAGAGCCCCCCAGGGCCCCGGGUACACUUUCGAACUCUCAAAGGUUCUGACCGGCUGCCUUCAAACAGCUCAAGCCCAGGUGACAUCACAGUGGAGGGUCUGGAUGGAGAGCGACCACUGCAGACAGGGGAAGUGGUCAUCAUUGUGGUUGUGUUGCUCAUGUGGGCUGCUGUAAUCGGGCUGUUCUGCCGUCAGUAUGAUAUCAUCAAGGACAACGACUCUAACAACAACCCCAAGGAGAAGGGGAAGGGGCCAGAGCAGAGUCCUCAGGGAAGGCCAGUGGGGUCAAGACAGAAAAAGUCACCAUCUAUCAACACCAUAGAUGUAUGAGUGAAGAAACAGAACCAGAAGAGAGAUGCACUAACAACCUGGGGAUGGGGAUGGGGUCAGGGAGAGCCUAAGAUGAUGAUCUGCCCAAGACUGAAGGAUCCCACAGUCUCCCAGAAGAUAAUGACACUCCCACAGUCUCAGGCCUGGUACCCAUCCUCUUUCCACUGUGAACGGGGCCAGAAGGUAGGUCUGUGAGAGUCUGUGCCCCUGAACCUGGGGCGUGGAUAUCAGAUGGGAUAUGUCUUUCCAUCCUCCAGGUCAAGGGGAGAAUCACUUGUUUAACCCUAUCCCAUUAGGUCCUAAAUGGAGCCCCCAUUUCACCUGCAUCAGGACUCUCAGCAUCCCCAGCUGCCCCCACAUCUUGUCUCUGGGUCUCAGAGAGGGGUUUCUAUGGGUAUUCCCCCUCUCCUGGCAAAUAAAAAAUGACAGACACUGCACUGCACUACUCCAAUGUCUUCCAUGGAGCCUCAGGUGCUCCCCCUCUCACCUGGCAGCACCCCCAGCUGCUGGUGAUUUCACCCCUUGGACAUUUUUCCAAUAAAGGUUCUUGGACAAACUGGA